UUUUUGACUCUUUGAGUUUGGUUAUUACUCUAGAAUAUUGCAACUGAAGUAUAUUUGUUUCUUCAGAGUUUAUAAGCUUUGUUUGUUCAUAGAUGCAUUCAAUUUUAUGCUUGCAUUCAUUUAAAUAUCUCAAGACACGGUUUAAGAUUCAAAGACUCUCCAUGGAGUCUAAAUGUCACCAAUGCACCACAGUAAGGAAUCUAUGCUGAGGAAACUACUUGAAGCAUUACAAGGCAGAAGAGUGUAAAUCUGUAAUACCGAGGGGCCACAUAUUGAAGGUGCCAAUGAAGAUGCCAAAAUAAAUAAAUAAAUAAAUAAAGUUGAAUGCUGUGAUAACCUGGAAAAAAAACCACCUCUUGAAUUAACAGACAGUUAAUAAGUACAUUAUAUAUUGAUAAGAAUGCAGAGGGCAUGCUACGUACAAGUGGAUCUUUGAACAUGCAGAACCUUUUGAGAAGAAAAAUGUUUUUGUUCUGUUUAAGUAUCAAAUGGUAGCUGAUGUCAUGAUGAUGUUUCUUACCUAGUUUGUUGUAUUCAGGGUGUACGGCAAGAUAAUUUGGUCCAAGUCUUUCUUCUUAUACAAAUUUACUCUGACAAACUACAUAAUAAUAUAAAUUUAAAAUCUUGAGAAUAGAAGUUCAUCAGCUAAUCACUGACAUGUGAAGGAAAAAGCAAAAGACAAUGCUGAUUUAGUUGAAAAAUAGCAAGAGAAAAGGUCUGCACAUACGAGGGACAACAUUUUCUACUGACAUGUGUCACUCCAUUGAGACUUUGUGUAUCAACGACAUGUCUAUAGGUUUUCUAAAGAUAAAUUAACUGCUACAUUCUGUUUUGAGUCCUUUUUCCUUUGUCAUGUACUGUUUAGUGAGUUUGAGGAAAGUGAUAUACAAGUCACUUAACUGGAUUAUUAUCAUUUCAACAGUUUUUUUUUUCUUUUUUCUUUCACUCAAUGUGAUUUUUACACCGAUUCUCUGAUAGGUAUACCAAACUAAAAUAUUCGUGCUGAUAAUGUUCUGUCGUCUUUUUUCCUGAAAAAAUUGAAAAUUUUUGACCAUAUCUCUUGUGUUGUUAUAAUCCAAUGUCAAUUAAUUUGGGUUUCCUUUUCCUUUUAUGCGCAUAUGGGCAGCAUCGAAAUGCAUAUUUAUGUUGAAUCAGUUACAAUAUGAUGCCCACACGCAUUAAUUUGUUCUUGUGUGCCGACACUAAAUCGAUGUUCCACAUUUGAAUAUUCUAACCAGUGUGAAACAAGAAUAUCUGGAGAUCCAAACGCUUAAGCGUCUAUCUCAUCACCCUCCUUUAAAUGAUUUUUCUGGAAUGCUAACUUUGAUCUCCCUUGGUCAACAAAGGAUAGAUUAACAGCAAUUCAAACUGAGGUCAUGCAAUCCACCUAACUUCCAAUGGAAUGUUUCCUACCUACAAGUCUCUCGUGACAUCUUACACUGUACCUUAAUCAAGAAAAUUUUGGAAGUGGAUGAGGUAUGGUCAUAAUGAUAGAUUGGCGGCCGACGACCACACGCUUAUACAAAAAGUCGUCAAAUUCUUGAGGCGGCCAUGGAGGACGUAGUUGAUAGUUUACUUGGACCAGAACUCCAGAAGUAUGACUGAUGAAUUAUUUUUCUAUAAAAGCACAUUCUGAUAUGCAGAAUUCUAUCAGUACAUAAUUGAAAGUUCUUAGAGGCACACUGUUUGUGUUGAGAAUUUCCAUCCUAAUUCAUACUUACAAAGUAGUCUUGAUGGAAAAAUCAAAAUCCAACAUCAAUCUAAUACAGGCCCCAACGUAUGGGAAUCUGAUAACCAUUCUAAGCAUUGAUGGAGGAGGAAUUAGAGGAAUUAUUCCUGCUGUCAUCCUCAGCUUCUUAGAGUCGGAACUUCAGAAACUUGAUGGCGAGGAUGCAAGGAUUGCCGACUAUUUUGAUGUGAUUGCAGGAACGAGCACCGGUGGUCUUGUGACAGCAAUGUUAACUGCACCAGAUGAAGAUAAUCGCCCACUCUUCGCAGCAAAAGACAUAGAAUCCUUCUACCUAGCAGAAAGCCCAAAAAUAUUUCCACAAUAUGGAGGAAUUUUGGCUCCAAUAACGAGAAUGGUUAGAGCUCUAUGGGGUCCCAGGUACAAUGGAAAAUAUCUUCAUAAACUUAUCAGGGAAAAUCUGGGAAGCAUGCGACUGCACCAAACCUUAACUAACGUGGUUAUUCCAACUUUUGACAUCAAGCGGCUCCACCCUACCAUUUUCUCCAGCUAUGAGGUGAAGCGUAAGAGCAUUCUGAAUGCACAGCUCUCGGACAUCUGCAUUGGAACUACUGCAGCACCCACGUACCUCCCAGCCCAUUACUUUGAAACCAAGGAUGCCAAAGGGAACGUGAGAGAGUUCCACCUUAUUGAUGGAGGAGUUGCUGCUAAUAAUCCAGCAUUGAUUGCGAUUCGAGAAGUAACGAAGGAGGUGCACAGAGGGAACCCAGAUUACUUCCCCUACAGACCUAUGGACUAUCGCAAACUUCUACUUAUAUCAUUAGGAACCGGUUCAGCAAAGGUUGAAGAAAGGUACACAGCAAAACGUGCUAGCAAAUGGGGAGUUCUGGGGUGGUUGCUGAGUGGCGGAUCCACGCCAUUGGUGGAUGUGUUUAUGCAAUCAAGUGCUGAUAUGGUUGACAUACACAUUUCAGUGGUCUUUCAGGCCCUCCGGUCUGAAUCAAAUUAUCUUCGGAUUGAGGAUGAUACUUUGAACGGGACUGUAUCUUCUGUUGAUGUCUCCACGAAGGACAACUUACAGGAUCUCGUUAAGAGGGGUGAGCAGUUGUUGAAGAAACCAGUCUCAAGGGUGAACCUGGAGACUGGUGUGUUUGAAACAGUAGGGAAUGGAGAAGGAACAAACAAAGAUGCUCUUAGAAGGUUUGCUAAACUCCUUUCACAUGAAAGAGGACUCCGUGAGUCAAGAUCCCCGCAUGUGAAAAUGCCCAGAAAACAUUAAUGUGCGUCGCUCGGUGUAACUCCAUGAAAUUUUUCCUUUCUUGACGGGAGAAGAAGCCAAUUGUACACUGUAUGCAAGCAAUAUACGAAUUCAUAUAUGGUGGAUGAAGUUAAUUCAUGCAAUUCAAGAAAUAAUAGCAUUGUGACACUGCAGGCAAAUUUGCCAGAAGGAAAGUUCUGUAGAUUAGUACAUUUUAAAAAGGCAAUAUAAUUCAUUCAUUCUAUUCUAAAAGUCCUGUGUAAGUAU